UUAUGAGAGCUCAAGUAUAGGUUGGAAUCUAUCAAAUAAAUUGAAAGAAUUAAGUGAGGAUAGCGCACGAUAUCUUAUUGCUAGACAAGUUCACACUAUCAAUAAUAAUGUUAUUAUUGGGAAUCCUAUCGGAUUUGUUAUAUUUCAAUUUACCUUUGAAGAAACAAUGGCGGAUGAUGAUCGAAAAAUUGAAACUACCUAUUG